GCGGUCAGCAAGGCCGUGUACGGAGACCAGAGCCUGCACCGGGAGCUGCGGGAGCGGACGGUGCACCACAUCGCCGACCACCUCGACCACUUCGGGCCGCUGAUCGAGGGCGACGCGGGCGAGUUCAUCGUGGCCGCCGCCCAGGACGGGGCGUGGGCCGGCUACCCCGAGCUGCUGGCCAUGGGGCAGAUGCUGAACGUGAACGUCCGCGUAACCACCGGAGGGAGGCGGGAGAGCCCCACGGUGUCCACCAUGAGCCACCACCUGGGCCCGGAGGAUUCGGCGAGGCCCGGGAUUUGGCUGAGCUGGCUCAGCACUGGACACUACGACGCGGUCUUCGAUCGCUCCUACCCCAACCCGGAGUACGACAGCUGGUGCAAGCAAACGCAAGCUCAAAGAAGGCGAGACGAGGAGCUGGCCAAGUCCAUGGCCGUCUCCCUCUCCAGGAUGUACAUCGAGCAGAGCGCCUGCUCCUGAGCGGUCUGCGGACCCUUCCCCCGCUGCGGAGAUGGCGCGGGGACUUGGGUUUGCAGAAUCCCGGGAACUCUGGUCGGGGGAGUGGCGCUUUGAAACUUCCUAGUGGAUCCCUCCGUAGGUGUGAUGAUGCCUUAAUCGUUUCCUUGAAUGUUUUCUCAGAGCUGAGGGGUUGCCGGGCGCCUAAGUGACGUUUCCUGCUAGCUUUGGGUGAUCCUACUGCUAUGUACAAUUUGCUGUAUAAAACGAGCGCUCCUUAAAUUGGCAGGCUUUCUCCCAGUGUGAUAAAUUUGUUCACUCCUGGUAGUCUAUUUUCUAUAAAAAUGUAUUUUUGCACAUUUUUAAAAAUUGGUGUACCUUCAUCUACGAUGUGUUCCAUUUGACACAGCUUUCAAGCAUAAAUCCAGAGAAGCGCUUUCGAUGAAAUUUAUCAUUUGGAGCAGCUUUGUGAUUUAGUAGUUAUUUUGUGUUGCAUUUGAAUUUCACAGUUCUUAGAUGAUUUUUCAAGUGGAUAUUGAUGUACUCCUAUUAUCAGGUGAUUGGCCCAUUCCAUUUCGGUGAAACAGAUUUGUUUUGGAAAUUGUUACUUUUCUCAAAACGGACAGUCUUGAAAUACUUAAGGGGCACGAGUGUGGGAAGACACAGUCUUUAAGGGGGUCUUUCUUGAAUGAAACUCUGAUACUUGCUGAUGACAGAAUGACGAUUCUGUGUUCUGGUUGAUGUUUAGAGUAGAUUGUGUGGUGCGCUUGUUUUUUAUUUACUUUUGUCAUUUUGUUAUGAAAGAAUUUUAACAUGCUGUAAAAUCUUGUGACGAGAGAUGUCUCCUGCUUUUUAAAAUAGCUUCUUGAGUUCGACUAAGAUUUAAAAACUGAUAGCAUAAAUGCCUGGAACCAUCCCUGGCGUUGUUUUUAUAGCAGGAGAAGAUCGUCGUAGUAUUCUGUUCCUUUAAAAUUCUUUGAUAAGGCAAAGUAGGAUUACCUCUAUUGUGUAAAAAUAUCUGUAAACAGCUUGUAUGGUUUGCUGGGUCAAACAGUAUUUCCAAUCUAAAAAUCUAUUUCAUUUUCACUUUAACUACUUUUAGUCAUAUUUAUUAAGUAAUGAGUUUGUACUUUUUCAUUUUGUAACAUUUUGUGAUUUUUUUUGUACAAUACUGUAUUUGUAAAAUAGCAGUUCUCAGCUGAUGGAAUGAA